AUGAUUCCGAAAAACAAAUUGACUGAUAUAUGCACGGCCAUUACACUGGAAAAAGCGAAAGAGAACUUAUCGAAAGAGUUCAAAUUGGAAAAUGAAAAAAAUCAAAAAAAUGAGCAGAGUAAACAGUGGCUCGAUGGAGAAAAGGUAGAAGAUAAUUCACCACGAGCAGAUGAAAACAGCGACGAGGAGGAAAUCCGAAAAUGGAGGGAAAAAAGACUGACACAACUUAAAAAGAAGCAGGAAUUAAAGAAAGACGGUGUUUAUAUCGAAAUAAGUGAGAAAGAUUUUAUUCCAACGGUUCUAAAAAACAGCAAUGUGGUAUGCCACUUUUAUGAUAACACAUUCAAGCGAUGCAACAUUUUACAUGCCCAUUUGAUUAAAUUGGCUAAUAUACAUUUGGCUACUAAAUUUAUUAAAGUAGAAGCUAAGAAUUGCUUAUUUUUUAUGAACAAGUUGAAUUUAAGAAUUUUACCAAGCUUAUGUUUAUUUAUCGAUGGAGUCCUCAUUAAAACCUGUGUUGGAUUUGAAGACUUUGGAAAUAAUGACGCCUUUAAAACGAAGGACUUGGAAAAAUUCUUAUAUAAGAAGAAGCUUAUUAGCAACAUGGAAUACAGUGACAGCGAUGAAGAAGCUUAA